CUGGUUUCUUUGUGUCAUCAGUGUGAGAUCAAGUUCAUGUGUGUCCCGCUCUGUGUCUCUGAAGAGUGACGAGUCAAGGAAGGGUUUACCUCCAGAGUUCAGUGAGCAACCACCAUCAUCCAACAGAAGUGUUGAAUAUGAGUUAUCAGAUUCAGUUGACAAGACUCACUGCAACCGCAAGAGUUUCACAGACCAUCUCCUGAGGAUCUUUCAGGAUCUUGAGAGCAAAAUCUUCAAAGUUUUGAAGAAUGAACUUGAGAAGUUUAGGCAAAUCUUACAAGGAGAAAACACACAAGACUUUGUGAAGGGCUCUAAUGAGAACCAAAGUAGUAUCACUAAAUCGGCUCUUGAUCUCACACUCUUGUUCUUGAGAGAGAUGAAGCAAGAUGAAGUUGCUGAUACUCUCGAAGAUGAGCUGCUCUUCAUUAAUCGGUUAAAAAGUAGCCUGAAGAAAACCUACCAAAGUGUGUCUGAAGGAAUUGCACAGCAAGGAGACUCCACACUUCUGAAUAACAUCUACACAGAUCUCUAUAUCACUCAGGGUGCGAAUGAACAGGUCAACACUGAACAUGAGAUCAGACAAAUUGAAGCUGCUUCCAGAUGUCACAAAUCACUAGAGAUACAGGUUGAAUGUAAACAUUUGUUUGAGGCACCUGAACAAGACAAGCAGAUCAGAACAGUCCUGACAAAAGGAGUUGCUGGCAUCGGGAAAUCAGUCUCUGUGCAAAAGUUUGUUGUGGAUUGGGCUGAAGAAAAAGCAAAUCAAGACAUCAGCUUAAUAUUUCCUCUUCCAUUCAGAGAGAUGAACUUAAAGGAGAAAGAAAAACAAAGUUUAAAAGACCUCAUAACUCAGUUAUUCCCAGAGGUCAAAGGACUGAACCUUACAAGAAGGACACGAAACAAAGUCCUCUUCAUCCUUGAUGGAUUGGAUGAAUGUCGCCUUCCUCUGAACUUUGCUGGUAAUGAGACAUGUCAUGAUGUUUCGGCACCAGCCUAUCUGGAUGUUCUCCUGACGAACCUCAUCAAGGGAAAUCUGCUUCCUUCUGCUCUCAUCUGGAUCACCAGCAGACCAGCAGCUGCCAGUAAGAUUCCCGCAGACUGUAUUGACAGGCUGACAGAGAUACGAGGAUUCAAUGAUGCCCAAAAGGAGGAGUACUUCAGAAAGAGACUCGCAGAUCAAAAUCUGGCAAUGGAAAUCAUUGAGCACAUUAAACAGUCAAAGAGUCUCCAUAUUAUGUGCCACAUCCCAGUCUUCUGCUGGAUUUCAGCCACUGUUCUCCAGAACGUAUUGAAGGAGACUAAAGUGAAACACAAGGCUUAUGCUAAAACACUACAGGAAUCUCCCAAGACUCUGACACAGAUGUACACACACUUUCUCCGCUUUCAGAUGCAGCAAAGCAGGCAAAAGUAUGAUGGAAAAAACACAGAUGGUGUUUCCUGGGAUCAAAACUUCAUCCUUUCCCUGGGGAAACUUGCCUUCCAGCAGCUGGAAAGAAACAAUGUGAUCUUCUAUGAGAGCGAUCUGAAAGACUGUGGCAUUGACGUCUAUAAGGCAUCGGUGUACUCAGGCAUGUGUACCCAGAUCUUUAAGCAGGAGACAGGAAUCAUCCUUGGUAACUUGUACUGCUUUCUUCACUUGAGCAUUCAAGAGUUCAUCGCAGCCCUUUAUGGACACUUGUAUCUAGACAUCAAAAAGAAAUCUGUGUUUACUGGACAGAAGCACAAAAAUAAAGGCAUGACUCAUUUGCUCAAGACUGCGGUUGACAGAGCUCUGGAAAGUGACACUGGACAUCUGGAUCUGUACCUUCGCUUCCUUCUUGGUUUAUCGCUUCAGACCAAUCGACAACUCCUACGAGGCCUGUUGACACAGCAGGACAAAAGUGACCAGAGCAAAGAGGAAAUAGUUGUGUACAUCAAGCAGAAACUUGAAGAAAAUCUUUCUCCAGAGAGAGCCAUCAAUCUGCUCUACUGUCUGAAUGAACUGAACGACCACUCUCUGAUGAAAGAGAUUCAGUCCCACCUUAGAGAUGGAAGUCUCUCAUCUGCUGACCUUUCACCUGCCCAGUGGUCUGCUUUGACCUUUGUGUUGUUGACCUCCGAGGAAGAGCUGGAUGAGUUUGAUCUUCAGAAAUUCAAGAAAUCAGACGAGUGUCUCAUCAGACUAUCAGCAGUCAUCAAAUCCUCCAAAAGAGCUCUGCUGCAAUGCUGUAAUCUCACUGCUCAGUCUUGUGAGAGUUUGUCUUUAGCUCUACAAUCCUCAACCUGUGUCUUAAGAGAGCUGGACCUGAGUAACAAUGACCUGCAGGAUUCAGGAGUGAAGCUUCUUUCUGAUGGACUGAAGAGUUCAAACUGUAAACUGGAGAUACUAAGAUUGUCUGGCUGUAUGGUGACAGAGACAGGCUGUGGUUUUCUGUCUUCAGCUUUGAGUUCAAACCCCACACACCUCAGACAGCUGGAUCUGAGCUACAAUCAUCCAGGAGUUUCAGGAGUCAAGCUGCUCUGCCAAAAACUGGAGGAUCCAAACUACACACUGGCCAAACUCAAUGUGGAUCACACAGGAGCGAAGAGAAUUACAGCAGGACCACGCAAAUGGAUCAGUCAUCUCACACUGGACCCAAACACAGCAAACACUGAACUCAGUCUGUCUGCGGAGAACAGAGAAGCGACACGUGUGAUAGAGAAACAGCCCUAUCCUGAUCACCCAGACAGAUUCGAUUAUCAUCCUCAGGUGUUGUGCAGAGAGAGUGUGUGUGGACCCUGUUACUGGGAGAUGGACUGGAGUGGAGAUGUUGGCGCGUGUAUAUCAGUGUCAUAUAAGAGCGUCAGCAGUAAGGGAAAUGAUGAGUUUGGCUGUAAUGAUCAGUCCUGGAGUUUGAGCUGCUAUUCCUCCAGAUUCUCAUACGGACACAAUAACAGAUGGACUGAUCUCCCAGUGAAGCCGAUCAGCAGGAGGAUAGGAGUGUAUGUGGAUCACCGUGCGGAAACUCUGAGAUUCUACAACAUCUGUGGAAACACCGUACACCUCGUCCACUCAGUCCGGACCACAUUCACUCAGCCUCUUUAUGCUGGGUUUAAGAUUUAUCCUGGAUCGUCAGUGAAACUGUGCUGAAGACUGCGGAGAGAUUUUACCCAUAAUCCUCUGCUCUGCAGCAUCAGUGAGAUGUACUGGAGUUUCUUCAUCACACUAAUCCAACAGCAGAACUUCAGAAAUUGAUCAUGUAAAUAUAAAAACAAGCUUAUAAAAAUAUAAUUGCAGUCAGUUGUGCUGUAUAGAAAUGAAGGAAUAAUCAAUAGAUAUUUACUUAUUUAAAAGAAGUCGCAAUUGCAAUAUUCUACAGUAUUCUCUUGUAAUUAAAGGUGAAUCACAAUAUUAUUAAAGGUUGACAUCCAGUGGUGGAAUUAGGUUUUGCAGUUCAAAUUUAAAACCCUUUUUCACCCAGUGCCUCCUCCGAUGACUCCACACCAAUGACUAUAAAAUAGCGCCAUUUUCCAUAGAACGCUUUGAAGGCAAAACACCUCGUGACAGGCACUAACUGUCGCAAAAGACUGCUGAAAUUGGAGCCUGGGCAUGCGCAGAAGGACUGCCUAAUGGAGGCAAAGGACGAGCUGCGGAAUCGAACUUCCAACCAAACGCUUAACGUAAAAUAAAACGGUUUCCCAGAGAUGGGUUGCGGCUGGAAGGGCAUCCGCUGUGUAAAAACUUGCUGGAUAAGUUGGCGGUUCAUUCCGCUGUGGCGACCCCGGAUUAAUAAAGGGACUUAGCCGACAAGAAAAUGAAUGAAUGAAUAAUAUACGGGUUUAAAACUGUGUGAUGUGAGCUGUUAUAAUUUAAUAAAAGCAAUACAUGUUGGACUGCAGAAAUAAAAGAUCUUUCAUACGCUCUA